UUUUCCUCUCAUGAAUUCGACCUUGUAAAUUUUCCGUCCUCGUUUAGACUAUGAUUUUUGGAGGUGAAUAGUAAUUUUGGUAAAACCAUUCCUCAAACAAGAAUCUCUACUCAUGAGACCACUAGCAACAAAUUUUGGUUGGAAUCCUACUUAAGAUCACGAAAUUUGGUUGUGCAAGUCGGAACAGAAGAUGACCAAUGAAGUGCUAUCUACCUAGACGAUUAAGUAAUAUAUACUGCUACCCUUUUUUUAAGCUGCCAUAGUAGUUAACAUGGCAUUUUGGAAGAGACUUGGAAAAAAAUCUGGCUCAUCUAGCACCACUAGGGCAAUUUCAAACAAAAACUAUUUGCCUCAAAAUAAUAAUGAAUCUGGAUCAUCUUCAUUGCCACUAUCUACAAGUGGAGAUUUGGGAGAAAGUUUACAUAACAAUCUUCAACGUUUUCCCAGCGAAAAAGACGAUACGGUUGUAAAAGAUUCAAAGCUACAGGAAAAAUCAAGCGGUGAUUUCGGAGACCUGGGGGAUUUGAACCAUCCUGAUACCAUUCGUUCUUGGUCUCGAAGGUCUCGCCUCUCAAAGAAUCUUCAUGAAGUCUUGGUGGACUUAACGGCCCUGUCGUACUUUCAACAGUAUCUUGAGAACAAACAAGUAAGCAGCUACCUGACGCUGCUAAACGAUUUGAAGAAUUAUCAUCUCUUGGCGACAUCUUUAUCGGCAAAUGCUUGCACAUCCGUUAGUAACGCUAAUAGUCCUGUCAUGAAUGGAGACACUUUGCCUGAAGCCAAAUGGAGCCCCUCAAAAAAUAACGAUACUAAAGUACUCCGACUUCUGAAUUCGACUUCGAGUAGUUCAGGCUUCAGUGAUGAUACCAGUCUUGACUCACCUGGCCACAAUAUAUCCACCCGCUCUAUAAAGCCUUUAGGAACAGACACGAUGGUUCAUAGUUUACUCAGUGAAAGACGGAGAAUUAUACAGAAAUAUUUCGAAUCGGAUUCAAGCGAUUAUCUUCCUACGGUUUCGUGUUUCUUACGAGACAUUGAUCCUUGCUCUUUGGAUAUAGCCGAACCAGUUUCUGAAGUUUUCCAUGAUGUGCAAAUUGGAGUGUGCAACCUGCUUGAAAAUGAUUAUUUUGUUGAGUUUCUUCACUCUGAGUUUUAUUAUCGAUAUCAGUUAGAUAUCAUCACAGUUGGAAAAUUGUCGAUAACAGACAUAAUCUAUAGCGAUGCCUGUCUCUUUUACUUUAUGGAGUUCAUGGACCAAGAAGGGAAACGUCAUUGGUUAGAAUUUUGGCUAGCCGCAGACAACUACCGAUCUCAGUGGAACUCUCCUAAUGCUUCAUUGGACGCCUUGAUUAUAUAUAACAAAUAUUUUUCCCUACAAGCCACACAGCCAUUGGGUUUGGCAGAUGCUGUGCGUUCCAGUAUAGAAGAAAACAUUUGUAUGACCCAAAACGGACCUGGUCCAGACUGCUUCGAAAACGCUCUUCAUCUUUUGUUGUCUGCAAUGGAGAAGAAAUUUCUUCAACCGUUCUUAUCUUCUCCCGUUUUUUGCCAAUACGUAAAUGACAUCGUAAGUGCCCUGAAAAAUGCAACAAAUCUUUUAGCGCGAUGCAAGCGUUCGGGUUCCACUAGCACGAUUAACAGCGAAGUGAGUGGUAUAAGUUGUAGUACAACAUCAGCAACCGUCUCAAGCUACCUAGCAGCCGGAGUCUCUUCUACAUUACCUCUCGGAGUUGUGUCGCCUCCUAUAGCUAACAAUACCGAAAAUUCAAUGAUACGCUUGGUCAACAGUAUUAGUAACGAAAGCUUAAUGAUUGACAUUCGACAGUUGAAUGACCCAGACUCGUUGUGGCAGAGGAAGAAAAUUGCGUUAAGCCUAGGACGGCUUACUCCGUUCGGCAGAUUCUAUAGUGAAAUAGAAUUUCCACUUGAAAAGAAAACAGAAUCAAAACUGUCCAAAGCUGUACGGAAAUUUGUAUUCGUUGAGGAGGACCAGGAAAAACAGGAUAUGGCUUGGCAAAUGGCGGAAAUUAUUAUCAAAGAUGUAUUAGCAAUAACUUUAGGAAGGGGAGCGCCUCGUGCCACAUAGUGUCCCUUCUAUAUCAUCCCAAUACCCUACUGUCUAAAAUAAAUUGUUGACAAAACGAGUUUGGGGCAAACCCAUAUAAUCGCAUUAUAUUCCAUUAUGUUAUACAUCUGACUGCUGAAAUUGUUACUGUGAUGACGUUUUGAUGUAAUUAUGUAUGUACCUAUCUAUCCAUACCGGUCGUGGUUUCAUGCGAGAUACGGCUAGUCUUUCAUUCUUGUUUCUUCAGAAAGUGCUGCCUAUUGAAGACGGUAACAAAAAAAUAAAGUCUAAUCUGGCAACGUUUGGGCUAUUCUA